GCAUGACCCGGAUGUGCAAUAUUCACCCCCCCCUUCUCUCUACAGGAAGUUUAUCUGCAGACUGGGCAGGGCUGAUAGAGGAUCUCCUGGAAAAUCUGAUUAAAAAAACACAAGAAAACUUCACCUUACAGCGGAAAACUGACACCGGGGAACAUGAAUGACCAGCAGCUGGACUGUGCUCUGGACCUGAUGAGGCGCCUGCCUCCCCAGCAGAUUGAGAAGAACCUGAGUGACCUCAUCGACCUGGUCCCCAGUCUCUGUGAGGACCUGCUGUCCUCGGUUGACCAGCCUCUCAAGAUCGCCCGAGACAAGAUAGUGGGGAAGGAUUACCUGCUGUGUGACUACAACCGAGACGGGGACUCCUACAGGUCCCCCUGGAGUAAUAAGUAUGAGCCCCCGAUCGAUGAUGGAGCCAUGCCCUCGGCCCGCCUGCGCAAGCUGGAGGUCGAGGCAAACAACGCCUUUGACCAGUACAGAGACCUGUAUUUCGAGGGGGGUGUGUCCUCGGUGUACCUCUGGGAUCUGGAUCACGGGUUCGCCGGCGUGAUUCUCAUCAAGAAGGCGGGAGACGGGUCCAAGAAAAUCAAGGGCUGCUGGGACUCCAUUCACGUGGUGGAGGUGCAGGAGAAGUCCAGCGGCCGCACUGCCCACUACAAGCUGACCUCGACAGUCAUGCUGUGGCUGCAGACCACCAAGACCGGCUCAGGCACCAUGAACCUGGGGGGCAGCCUGACCAGACAGAUGGAGAAGGACGAGACAGUCAGUGAGUCGUCUCCUCACAUAGCCAACAUCGGCCGCCUGGUGGAGGACAUGGAGAAUAAGAUCCGCAGCACUCUGAAUGAGAUCUACUUUGGGAAGACCAAGGACAUCGUCAAUGGGCUGAGAUCUAUCGAUUCUUUGCCCGAUAAUCAAAAGUACAAGCAGCUGCAGCGUGAGCUGUCUCAGGUGCUGACACAGCGGCAGAUCUUCGUGCAGCCUGAGAACUAGACAGUGCAGGAGCGUACAGACACUGGCAGACAAAUCCAAGCAGGAGAACCUCAGGAACGACCUGGUGGAGGCGCUCAAACGCAAACAGCAGAGUUAGAACCCAGCUGCACUCGUCUCUCCCCCCCUCCCCUCUCCCUGUCCAACGCUGCGCACUCUCUCCGUCUCUCUUGAGAGCAGAGAUUUCUUUUGUUUAGUUGUUUUUUUAGUCCUGUUCUGUCUGUUAUUCGCUCACUCUCAAAGCCAUUCACUUUAUCCAUUUAAAAUAAAAAAAACACGAAACACAAACCGUGCAGUAAGUGUUUCUUUUCCCGCGCGGGCCGGCUAACCCUGCAGACUCUCGUUCUUUCAUUAGAAGUAUUUUGUUUCUUUGAUUCAGAUGUAAUAAUGGUACACACUAAACACAGCUGGAUGUUUUUUGUGUCGUCUUUUUCUCUCUUGGUUUUUGGUGUAAGUUUCAGAGUUGUACGGAGGUGCGUUCCAGUGAUGGAAACGCAGGCUUGUUUUUGUGAAGCGUGUGUCUUUGUAAAGAUCUUACAAACCUCAGAGAGAUCUCUCUUACUGGAGCCUCCACCAUGAUAAUAAUAAUGAUGAUGAUGACAAUAAAACUCAAAACUGGUCUAAAGCAAA